UGUGUUGGUGUGUGUGCAUAAGCAACCAUCAUGACAAAACGUUCAAGGUAAUUUUGACAAAUAUAACAAUAUCGCUUCUUUAUAUUCACUCUUUCUCGGCCAAGCGAUUCGGUUUGUUUGUAUUUUAUACAUAUUUUUUUAUCGUGCGUCUGUGAAUCGAAAUCUCACGACAUUAAAAAAAAAAAACAUUCUGUUCGACGUAAUCACAUACCUGUUGCUUGUGUUAAAAAGGCUGUUUGCCAAUUUAAUUUAAUUCUCGUUCGGUACGCAAAUUAUUAAGUCCUUUUUUUCCUCAUUUGUCUAUAAUAAUUAAUCAACAAUUAUCAAUUAUCAAUUACAAGCGAUCAAUGUGAAAUUAGUGCGUUCAUCUUUUGCGUUCAAAAUUAUCGGGCCUAUGUCAAUUGGUAUUGAACCAGCCAUAACAAGAAAUUUGUUCACACAUUCCAUUUAUUUUUGGGAGAGAAAUUCCAGUUUUGCUCGUGAAAUCACACACACACACACACUUCUGAUGUUUUCGGGUGAAACGAGUUGGGAAAUAUUUUGCGUAUCGUGACUCAUAAGUGAUUUUUUUAAGCGAUUAAACGUGAAAAUAUCAAUUUGGCAUCAUUUAGUUUACGUAUUUUAGCUCAAACUAUUCUCGAUUCGAGAAUAAAAUGAUACGAAUUUGACGAUAAAGAGCGAACAACAUCGUCUCGGAAUUGAAAUCUUGGAAUAUCCAUCCCGAACAUUUCGAGUUUUAGUCAUUAGCACUAGGCGCUACUAUUUUUUAUUUUAUUGAAAUGCCGGGACCAGCACAAAAUAGAGGUGGCGGCGGAUCAUUGCCAAUACUACCAAAAGCACCGGCACUACCAAAAGCCAAAAGUAGCAGUGUUGGUAGCAGCAGCGGUGGUGGUGGCGGCGCUAGCUCAUUUUCACCGAGCUCAUAUUCAAUGUCAUCGUCGCAGCCAAAAAGCAAAAGUGGCAGCGGCAUAAAAAUUCUUUGGAUUCCCGGUUUACGUAAAAAGCAUCACGACAAAGGUGUUUACAAGCCAAGCAAUUACAACAUCGAACACAAGCAUGCCGACCGCAAAAAUGAGCCUUGGAGCUUGGGCGGCUCAAAGUCACAAGACGAUAUCGCCACUGGCGGUGACAAAGACGAUAAAGUUGAUCUUAUCAAAUCGUCGACACCGACACCGACACCAACGUCGACCGUCUUGCCGAGCGCUUCACUGGGUGUGGCCACUGUCAACAUUGACAACUGUUCCGAAUCCGAUUCCGAAAUCAAAUUAGAAAAAUGUGUAAUUAAGGACAUACGGUAUGUAGUGUACAAUAUAAGAGAUAGUCUACAAAGUCUAACAUCGGCUAAAGAAAAUAGCGCACACUCAACGAUUGGUGAUGGUGAUGACAAACGGGCUGGACGCGAUUACACCAAAAAUGAUUUCGACUCGAUCGAGCGUCUCGAUGACUUGGACGGUCAACCGAAAUUGUCGCAUCAGAACGGUUUCAAACCGAGAUCAACGUGCAAAAAGACGAAAGAAGACAAAGCCGUUAAGUGUCUGUACUACACAAUGAUGUGCUGUGAAUGUACAAUAUCUUAAAAAUGCGCAUGUUCGCAUGUUCUGGCACCUUAUCAAUUUUAUUACAUGAAGCAUUCCGUGCAGCAGCAGUAGCAGAUUGUCGUCAGCGAAACACAUUCGCGCAACAUUUACCUACAAUAUUAUUAUUAUUUGCCUGUACAUAUCGUCGUCAAUCACAUCUAUAUCCAAAUCGAAUGUAAUUCUUUAUACAUUUUUGUUCUUCUUCGUCGUAGCUUUUAAGUUGUACUUUCCAUUUUUACAGGAAAACAAAAACACGACCAAGCAUUUCUCUUUUGAUACGAUUUUUUUUACCCAAAAUUUUGUAGAUACUUUACAAAAAUUUACAAAGAAAAUCAUCCAUAUCUGUAAACGAAAAGAAAUCAAACAAGCCAAUAAAUUAUAUAUAUUUUUGUAUUAAAUUAAAGCACAAUGUACGUAAAAAAAA